AUGCCUGGUGUCGUUGUUCUUCCUCCAUCACAUAGUCUCGUAGGGUUCGGUCCAGACACUCACAGCGGAGCACACUUGCCUCGACCUAUCAAUCCUCUCUUGAAUUCUCCAACUAUGCACAAUGGCUCUUCAUCUUCAGUAUCUGUUCUGGAGAUCAAGGAACAUGCUAAAAGUACUGCGGAACGCAGUAAAGGUUUUAGUGCCAAAUCACUCAUUGGGUCGGCCCGUUCCCAGAUGCAGCUGGCUCAGUCGAGGGACGCCGCUCGGGACCCAAAGGCAGCUCUACAUGCCCUCUACGUCGCAGCUAACCUUGUCACGACUUAUAUGAACCACCCCAGUUACGCCGCAGACAGGACUAAAGGGAACCCAAUUCACCAUGAGUUCCUACAGUUCUUCCAGGAAAACAGUGCUUCUCUGAACCGUAUCAAAACCCUCGAGGCGGAAAUUGAUCUUGAGAGAUCGACUACAACUGUCUCACCUCAUCAGGGAGAAUUAUCCAGUAUAACGUCGCUCGCGGAUCGGAUGAAGAUGCUUAGUCAAAAUGGAUUCGUCGACACUACGACGAAACGUUAUUCACGGGAAAUCCCCCCCUGGGACUCCCCCUCCCCUGUACCUGCCAGAUUUAGCUCCGCUCUAAUCGACCCACCUUCACCAUACGCAGUCGUCCCACCGUCGUCAUUGGGCCCACCGUCACCGACGUCUACCGAAUCGUCAGAGACGGGCCUUGAUCAAGUUGCGUUCGGUGCUGCUGAAGUCGCUGGAGUCAAUGAAGUAGAGGAACGAAAUGCAGAGAAGGAUAUGGGAGGUACACCAACAUUCGAACCAGCUUCGCGCCCCUGGAAACCUACAAUAAAUGGCGCGCUGUCUGGCAUACCCUCAUCGCCUGAGCGCCGGUUUCCGGAAUUGCUGAUCGACCCUUCAGGGAGAACAUUUGAAUCAUCUGAGCGCCCCUGGAAACCUACGAUAAAUGGCGCGCUAUCUGGCAUACCCUCAUCACCUGAGCGCCGGUUUCCGGAAUUGCCGAACGAUUCCCCAGGCUAUAGUCGUCCUGAUAGUACGCCCCGCACACCUCCCGUAAUACCCCAUUCUCUCACAAACAGUUCUGCACCGAUACAAUACCCCUCCUUCUCAACCACAAGUACUUCCUCUGCUUCCAGGUCAGGGGCCACGUCCUUAAUCUCUCGGCCCCCAGCGAUUCCACCGCAGGCGAGCAUCAACCACUCUCCACUUGUCCGGAGGCGAAGCGACUACGUCGAACAAGGUAGUGCUAGUGCGUCGUUUAGCGCCCGCCUCCCCAUCGAUUACCCCGAUCUACCUCAUUCUCACAUUAUUCGCCCUCCCCCUCCGGUCGCUUCCUCCUCGUUCCAGCGGCAUCAUUCGCACUCGCAGUCAUAUUCCGUUAGUACACUUAAGGAGCCUCCCAAGCCGCCUACAAUAGCCUCUACUUAUCCCGUGACAUACUGGUCUGACAUGCAAAUUGUCACGGUUGGCCUCAAGAAUUUGGGAAAUACAUGUUACAUGAAUGCUACAAUUCAGUGUCUCAGUGCCACGGUGCCAUUUGCGAGAUUCUUCACUGGUAUGAAUAAGGCCGGUGGAAGAAGGCUGUCAACUGCGAUCAACCCCAUGGGAACGAAGGGGCGCCUCGCAUCGGCAUUUGCACACAUUCUCUACGAAAUGUCGCACUCUGAACUUCCGCAUCUGAUCCCCGCUUCGUUCAGGAAAUCAAUCUGCACACAUGCUCCUCAAUUCUCGGGAUCUGACCAGCAUGACUCGCAAGAAUUCCUCACCUUCUUACUCGAUGGUCUCCACGAGGACCUCAACCGUGUCCUUAAUAAACCAUCCAAUGGAACGACGCCAGAACGCGAGGCCGAACUGGAGCGGCUUCCUCAGGCGAUUGCCAGUGCACAGGAAUGGGAGAUUUAUCGGAUGCGGAAUGAUUCACUUAUUGUAGAUUUCUUCCAAGGACAAUUCAAGAAUCGGCUGGUGUGUUUGACAUGUCGUAAGACAUCGACAACGUAUAAUUCCUUCAUGUACCUUUCGCUUCCCGUGCCUUCCGUGAAGGGCCCGUCCAAGACAUCCCUGCAGUUGUGCCUAGAUGCUUUUGUCAAAGAAGAAGUGCUUUCAGGAACGGAGGCUUGGUAUGGUGUCGCGCAAUUUUAUGGCAUUGUUCUCAUGUCAUUACUAGGCACUGUCCGUAUUGCAAAACUUUGCGUAACGCCACCAAACAGCUCUCAGUUAUCACGCCUUCCGCCAAUCCUGCUUAUUCACCUGAAGCGCUUCUCGCACAAAGGGGUAUUCACAGACAAGAUCGAAACCGUCGUCGACUUUCCUCUCAAGGGUCUGGAUUUGACGAAUUACAUGCCUCCAGCUCUACCCCCUGGGAUGUGUAAUUCAACGAAUGGUAUUGGCGGUGAUGAUCCGCGAGUGCAGACGCCACCAUACAAAUACGAUCUAUACGGCGUGACGAAUCAUUUUGGAAAUCUAAGCAACGGACAUUAUACCGCUUUUAUCGCAUCUCGUGGAGGAUGGGUUUAUUGUGACGACAGUCGGGUCACGCCGACUGACGCCAAGGAUAUAGUGGGACGCCCAGCAUACGUGUUGUACUACAAGAGAACCGAAUCAUAG